UGCCGCUUUGCAUCUCGUCUGAAUUGCAGGUUUAGUUCCAAAACGUCCGCUACGAGCCUCCACUAUCGUCGCCUGAAAAUGAGGUAGUAGUAUGACUCGACGAUAAGUCAGACGUGAUUUUACUUUCAAGUAACACGACCAAACGAUGUAGCAGAUGAUAUUUCAAUUGUGGUUGUGGCCAAGCAACGCAAACGUAAACAAUAUGGCAAUCCACGAUAUGUCGAUGCGAAAAAACAGCACUGACUAAUAAAUCGAUAUUUAAGUUAUUCACAUUAUAACACUAUAUAUAAACAUGUUAUUAAAAUACACGAAUUGACCAAUUUCUUCGUCAAAAAAAAAUCCGUGCGUUACAAUGUCGACGGAGAAGGCCCUUUAUCGGCUGGAUCAACCACAUGGCACCGGUAACGUGUACAUUAGCUGGCGUCCUGGAAAUAGCACGCACCUAGCUACGACAGGUUGUGAUUCUUCAGUUGCCAUUUUUGAUAGACAAGGAGAUCUCCAGGAAAGAAUAUCAAUUCCUGGAUUGUGCACUGGCUUCGGCUGGGACUCGGAUGGAGAUCUGUUGGCCAUAAUAUCGCAGAACUCGUCGUCUAUAAUACUAUGGGAUGCCACAACCAGCAAAAAGUCUCAGAUAGAUGCAGGCGUAAGGGACGGAUUGACUUGUAUGAUAUGGGCAAAGAAGAGCUGUGUCUUGGCGAUAGGAACACAGAAGGGAAACUUGGUGCUCUACGAUCACAUUAAUGCCAAGCGAAUACCUAUUUUGGGGAAGCACAAAAAGCGCAUUUUAUGCGGCGCGUGGUCGGUAGACGGUCUUCUCGCCCUGGCAAGUGAGGACAAGGUUUUGACUAUUAGCACGAGCGAAGGGGACACCCGCCGAGAAAUACCGCUUCAGGGCGAUCCGUCCUGCAUUCAAUUUAGCGAAAUGAAGAUGGAUCAUAGGAUAGGCGGCGAAAAUACGGUAUCCCUCAUUAUCAGCAAGAUGACAUUGUUUUUAUACAACAUUCUGGAUCCCGAGAAUCCGAUCGAACUGGCCUUUCAGAAGCGCUACGGAUCAAUCGUAACUUAUAAAUGGUACGGUGACGGUUACAUACUGGUCGGAUUCGAGGCUGGUUUCUUUAUAGCGAUAUCGACGCACAUAAAGGAGGUUGGCCAGGAGCUGUUUCAAGUGAAGAACCACAAAGAUGUACUGACGGACGUCGCAUUGAGCCAAACAGCAGGGAAGGUGGCCACUUGCGGCGACAGCACGCUGAAGGUGCACAGUUUACAAAACCCCGAGGAAACCGAGACGAUCAUUUCAGUGACCGGUGAAAAUGGGAUCAGCACUAUUCAGUGGUCGACGGACGGGACAAUGCUAGCGGUCGUAACUUAUCUCGGUAACGUUCUGAUUUACCUGAUAGAGAUCCCGAAGCUGACCAGCGUUUGCGGUAACAGAAUAGCAAUGCUGACAAGCCUGAUGGAAGUGAUGAUACACGUUUGCACGUUAGACAAGGAUAAACCGAGCCCGCAAAUGAUCAACACCAUAAUUGAGCCAGCGAUAUUGGCAGUAGGUCCGAUGCAUUUAGCGGUAGGGCUAAACAACAGGGCGCUCUUUUGGGAUCUCUCCCUCAGUAAUUACGAUAAAAUACAUUUCGAAAGAGAUUACUUGGCUACGAUUGACAGUCUGCGUUUAAACGAGAUAUACGUAUCGGCAUUGUUCGAUGGGAAACUGCAGUUGCAUUCGAUCAAGACAGACCAGGCAUUAAUAAAUAGUGGAAAGGAUACAAAGAUGUUUCCUCCGGACACAAAUUCUUCUCACAGCAGGAUAACGUGCCACGCUCUUUGCUCGGAUUUCCUGGUUUACGGUAAUGACAUGGGUAAUAUCGUCUAUUUCUACUUGGAAAUGUUUAAUCAAUCCACUGAAUAUGUGCACAACAAUGGAAUAAAGGAGCUGUAUCUGGAUGUGAACGGGACGCAGUUGUGUUUCAUCGACAGUAAAUUGGAUACUUACGUGUUCGAUCCGAUAAAUGAGACGAUUAUCGCAGUGCCCGAUUGUCCUGACAACAUCGACGGUGUUCUCUGGGAUCAGAAUAUAUUCGAACGUUCUAUAUUUGCGAUAUACAACAAAAGCAUAAUUGUGACCUACAUUUACGUUAAAUACUUCGUUGAAGGAACGAAGGUAAUAAAAAUAAAUACGACCAAAUUGCCAUCGGAUUCGGCGCCUUUAUUGAUGUACUCCGGUGAAGUAACGUUCAGCGCGACGGGUAGCAAAUUGACAUACGUAACGUUAGCCUCCCACGAAGAUGUUGGGAAUAUUGUGGAAACCAAAAAAAUUAAUGACGUCUUGGAUAAUCAGAUUCUAUGCAGACGGUUUCAGCAAGCUUGGAACACUUGCGAGAAACUGAACGAGAAGGACGCGUGGUUAAAAUUGGGACGGAGUGCUAUCGCGAACUUGAAUGUCGAAUUCGCUAUUCGCGUAUAUCGCCAAAUCGAGGAUGCUGCGAUGGUGUGGACGCUGCAAAACAUGGAGAACAUAAAUGAACUAGCGUUGCUUUGUGGUCACGCCUGCAUACUGCUGGGAGAUUACAACCAGGCCGAGAAGUACUUCCUGCAAUCCUCCGAGCCUGUGCAAGCCCUGUAUCUAAGGAGAGACUUGAUGCAAUGGGAGCAGGCGUUAAGCCUGGCGCAAAAAUUAAAACCCGACGAAAUUCCUUUCAUCGCCAGAGAAUACGCUCAACAAUUGGAAUUCACAGGAAACUAUCCAAAAGCCCUGACGAAUUACGAUCGCGGUCUGGUCGACUACAACACUUCGUCCACUUUAGUCGCGCAGAAUCCUCAUCAUCGAAGUCAGUGUCUAGCCGGAAUAGCGAGAAUGUCCAUAAGAUGUGGCGACAGCAGGAAGGGCGUUGGGAUAGCGAUGGAUAAUGAAAGCUCGAGGUUGUUACGGAAGGAGUGCGCAGAAAUUUUAGAAUCAAUGAAGCAAUUCAGCGAAGCUGCGCAGUUGUACGAGAAGGCUGAAUAUUUCGAUAAAGCUGCCACCGCGUAUAUCAAACUAAAAAAUUGGCACAAAGUGGGACAGCUUCUGCCACAAAUAUCAUCGGCUAAGAUCAACAUACAGUAUGCUAAAGCCAAAGAGGCCGAGGGCAAGUACGAAGAGGCUGCGAGGGCGUACGAAACCGCCAAGGAUUACGACAACAUAAUCAGGAUUAAUCUGGAACACUUGAGCAAUCCUGCUCGUAGUGUUGAAGUUGUUCAACAAACCAAGAGUAUAGAAGGCGCGAAGAUGGUUGCGAGGUAUUUCCAGAAGAUGAACGAUUACAAUUCAGCUAUCAAGUUCCUGAUUCUGUCAAACUGCCACGAUGAAGCCUUCCAACUGGCCAAUCAGCACGGCAAGAUGGAGCUGUACGGGGAGAUCUUGGUGAACACGAUCGAUGACACUAACGUUCGCAGGGAAGACUUUAGAAGCCUCGCGAUGCAUUUCGAGUCUCAGAAAAACAAUCUCUUAGCGGGAAAGUAUUAUUUCCACUCAAAGGAGUAUCAGAAGGCCUUGCGACAUUUAUUGAAAGCUGCACAAUUGGUACCAGACGACGAUAGAGCUAUCACUUACGCCAUAGACGCCGUUGCAUCUGCGAAGGAUGAUAAAUUAGCUAAUCAGUUAAUAGACUUUUUACUAGGAGCUGAUGGACUACCAAAGGAUCCGAAAUAUCUAUUCCGAUUGUACAUGGCGAGGAAACAAUAUAAAGAAGCGGCUAAAACGGCAAUUAUAAUUGCGAAUGAAGAACAAAUUAACGGAAAUUAUAGAAACGCCCACGACGUCCUGUUCGGGAUGUAUCAGGAAUUGAAGAGAAACAAGAUUACCAUACCCUUAGAGAUGCAAUCGAAUCUGAGACUGCUACACUCCUACAUUCUGGUGAGACUGCACGUGAAGAGAAGUGACCACCUACGAGGCGCUCGCAUGUUGAUUAGAGUUGCCAACAACAUAUCAAAAUUCCCGUCACAUAUCGUACCGAUAUUGACGUCGACGGUGAUCGAGUGUCACAGGGCGGGCUUGAAGAAUGCGGCGUUCAAUUUUGCGGCGAUGCUGAUGCGUCCCGAGUACCGCGGGCAGGUCGAUGCGAAAUACAGCAAGAAGAUUGAGGCGAUCGUGAGGAAACCACCGCGAUCGAAGGACGUCGAGAACGAGGAUGAGUCACUCACGCCGUGCCCGUACUGCAAGAGCAGAGUUCCCGAGACUGAAGUGACCUGUGAUAAGUGCAAGAACACCAUACCUUUCUGCAUCGCAACGGGACGACAUAUCGUCGAGGAUGAUUUCACGGUGUGCCCCCAAUGCGAUUUCCCGGCUAUUAGAAGCGAAUUUCUAAGGAUUGUCGAAUCCGAGGAGACCUGCCCAAUGUGCUCGGAACGGGUCAAUCCCGCGGCGAUAUCGUCCGUCACUGAUAUCCGUCCAUAUCUCGACUAUCAAGAAGAGAGGAUCAUAAAAGCGUAAUUUUUAGAUAUUUAGAUUUAGGCUACAUUUAUUGUAAUGCAUAGAAAGGCCGUAGGUCGCGCGUACAGUUAAGCUACACACAAACUAGGGAACAAAUAGUUAUGUAAAGAUUCACUUUAGUGUGCUAUACAAAUCAGAGAGGCCUUCUUUUUUGUCGCAUACGCCUCGAGCAAGCGCGAGGUAAUUACGAGGUGUGACGUAACGCCAUUUAGCAUUUACAAACAAUAGCAUUAGUGAGUGCGCGAUAUUCCAGUCGCACCGGGAGCAGAUAGUCAGUAUUGUCAAUGUAACGGUGCCGUCCAGUAUAAGUACAAUGUAUGCAAAUACAAGUAGAUCAUAUAUAUAUAUAUAUAAAACGCUAUAUAUAGAUGUUACAAACAUUAUACAAUACAUAUGUAUACAUGGAAAAAAAACAUACAUGUACACGAAUCAGUUGCUAGGAAGCUUGCCUGCUAAUUGCGCUUCAGCGUUAUAAAACGCGAAAUAAACUAUUUGCCGAUUGA